AUGAACAUUAAACAUUCAUAUUUGAAAUUAUAUGAAGAUAAUAAUUUAUCUAAUCAUCUUUCAAAAAUUGAAGAAACAUGUAAAAGUCUUGUUGUGUAUCAAGGAUGGAUGAAGGUAUUUGAAGGCUUUAUUCCAAAUCAACCACAUUCAUCUAAUUGUAUCAAAACAAUUAAUAUUAAGUGGCACAUAGGAUUUUGUAUAAUAGAUCCACAAGAAAAAUCUUUAAUCUGUUUCAAUGAUAAAAAAGCAGCUGAUGAAUAUUGUUGUGAUAAAAUUAUAAUAAGAAUAAGUAAAGUUUAUCCUUCAUAUGAAGAAUCAAAGAUAUUUGAUAAUAUUAAUACAAAUAAAAUAAAUAAUUCAUUGGAAAUUUCACAUUCACUUAAAAAAAUACUUCCUAAGCCAGUAAAUGUAAUUUGUUGUUCACCAAAAAAUAAUCUUGAAGUUGACUAUUACGAAAAGUCCAGUCACCUAAUGAAAAUAGUUUCAUACACUUUGAAUAAUAAAGAUGCAUUAAAUUUCAAUUUUUCAUCUACAUCAAAUUACUCUAAAUCGGCUACAUUGUCAAAACUUGAUACUACCAAAAAAAUUGACAUGAAUGGAAAUUGUAAUUUAAGAAAUUAUAAUAACACUUCAUAUAAUUCAAUUGAUAAAAAAAAUGUCUCUUUGGUACCUAUUUUUCAAUCAGUAAAUUUUUUGUCAAAUGGACAAACAAUCCCCACAUAUUAUUAUAAUACUUCUAAAAUAAUUCCAAUACAAGCACGAGUUGAUAAAAACAUUAGUGUAGGCUUUUCUACUGAUAUAACAAAUUCAAACUCAAUAGACUUUUUAAGUAAUGUUUGUGAAUUAACAUGUUAUGAUAAUAAUUUAUUCCCACCUUUUAAAAGAUGUAAAAUGAAUAACACUAAGAGAGAAAAUAAAGAAAAAGUAAUUAAAAAUGCUAAUUUACUUAAUGAAAAUUACUACAAGAUUAUUAAGACUCCUCCUUGUAAUAGUAAGAAUAGUCUUUGUGAAUGUAAAGUAUUUACUAAUAAUUUUUUGUUACCUAUGUCAAGUUCAAAAUAUUAUCCUAAUAAUUCUAAAAAUGUUGGAUUAUUUCAACAAAAAUAUCUAUCAAGAUAUCCUGAAACACCUUAUUAUGAUUUAAAUAAAUCAAUCAACUUUUCAAAUCAAUUUAAUAAAAAUAUCACUACACAAAAUAAAUAUUUACAAGAAAAUUCAAACUUAUUUUCUAACUCUAAUACAUCAAAUAAUCAAAAUGAUAUUUAUUAUGGGCAAAAUUAUUACCCAAAUGAUUCUGUAUUUUUAUAUAAAGAAAGAAAAAAAAGUGAUAUGGGACAUGGUUUAUAUCAUAACAAAUUUUUAAAUAAUUCAACUCGCUCAGAUGAAUUAACUUCUUCUUCUUCUUCUAAAAUUAUACCUGUACUUAACUUACCAGAACAUAAUCUUGAAACAACUUUUGACAAUAAUAUGAUAGAUAGAAAAAUUAAUAAUGAAAAGUUUAAUUUACCAUCAAGAAAAUUAUCUACUAAUUCAAUUAACAAGAAAUCAAGAAGGAUAUAUAAUGAUGAUGAAACUUUUAACGAAUACGAUGACAUUAUUAUUAAUAAUUCUUUGUUAUUAACUCCUAAAUCAAAUGAAAAAAGUGUUUCUCUUAACAAUAUAUAUCAAAGUAUAAAUGAUACAAAAUUAGAUCAAUGUCCUGUUUUAAAAUUUAAUAACUUUGGUUUUGUUGAUGGUGAUAUUAUAAAUGAUAAAAAAUUUUAUGGUAAAAAAAGGCAAAAUCAUAAGUUGAAGGGUAACAUUAGUAAUUUGGAGGAUCAUUUAGAGUCAUGGCAACCUUUUAUAAAAAAUAAUAAAAAAUCAGCUAUGAUUUCGAAACUUGAUUCCACUAAUCAAGUUAGAAUUUUUAUACUUGAUGAUGAAAAUGCACCAUUUUUAGUAAAGAAAUAUGAGACAUGCUAUGAAGGUGAUGGAUCAGAUGAGAAGAAAAAGUCAAAAUUGGUACCUCAUAAGAUGGGUGAAAAUAAGGAACGAUGUCAUAGUACAAAUUUUACAAAAAUUAAAAAUUCCUACAGUCAAAGUAAUUUAACUUUACACCACAAUUAUUCGGAGGAAGAAAAAAGUAUUCCAAUUGAAAGUUUACCUUCAUUAUCAUCCAAUAAAUUGGCUAAUUUUUUUAUAAAACCAUUUCGGAAUAAUCCUUUAAAAAGAACCAAAAGUGUUUCUAAAUUGGAAAGAGAACAUAAAUUAGGUGACCGAAUCUAUUGGCCAGAUACAAGACAAUCAAGUGAAAAUUUAUCUUCAACCGGAAUGUAUAAUAAAUAUCCCCAGAAAUCAUUAUAUUAUGGCAAUUUAGGGACAACCUUUGAUAAUAAUCAAAAACAAAAAUUAAGAAAUUGUAAAUCUCAUGAAUCUCUUAUGUCAUUUUCAAAUACCAGCCAUAUGAUAGAUUUAGGAUCAAGCACCACCCAACUUCAUCCUGUUCAUCCCUCUGUUUUAGGGAUUGCUAAUUGUUUCAAAGUUGCUAAUACUUACUAUGCCUGUAAAACACCAUCUGAACGCGCCAAAUGGAUUGAAAAUCUUCGACGUACUAUGAAUCCACGAAGAGAUCAAAGUAGGAGAACAGAAAAUGCAUUACAAAUAUGGAUUCUUGAAGCAAAAGGAAUUCCUUCAAAAAAAAAUUAUUUUUGUGAAAUAUGUCUUGAUAAAACAUUGUAUGCUCGAACAUCCGCCAAACUAAAGGGUGACAUCUGUUUUUGGGGUGAAUAUUUUGAUUUUUCAAUGUUACCAAAUGUAGAGGAUGUCUGUAUAAAUUUAUAUAAAGAAGCUGAUCCAAAAAAAAAGAAAGAUAGAACAACAUUAGUUGGUUAUGUACAAAUAAAAAUGGAUCAAUUAUUAUCAAGACAUCCUGUAGAAAAAUGGUAUAAUAUUAAAGUGGGAUCAGAAGGAUUUUCUAACAAGUUAACAUCAAAUUGGGUUAGUAAAUCAUCUUCUGAACAAGCAUCAAUUAGAAUAAAAGCACGUUUUCAAACGAUUGAUGUAUUACCAAUGCAUGUUUAUGAUCAUUUACUUUAUUUUGUUAAAGAAAAUUAUUUACCAUUAUGUCUUGCAUUAGAACCAAUAUUGUCUGUCAAAGCAAAAGAAGAUUUUGCUAAUUCUUUAGUUAGGAUUCUUCAUAAACAUCGAUGUAUAAAAGAAUUUUUAUGUGACCUAAUUAUGAGUGAAGUUAAUGUUUUGGAUAAUAAACAUUUAAUGUUUAGGGGUAAUUCUCUUGCAACCAAAGCAAUGGAAAGUUAUAUGAAAUUAGUGGCAGAUGACUAUUUACAAGAAACACUUGGUGAUUUUAUUAAAAUGGUUCUUGAAGGUAAUGAUAAUUGUGAGGUAGAUCCAAUGAAAUUACCUAAUUCAACACCAAAUUUAUUAGAAAGAAACAGACAACAAUUAAUAUUUCUUUGUGAAGCUGCCUGGUCAAAAAUUAUUGUUUCAUUAAAAUUUUUUCCAAUUGAAUUAAAACAAGUAUUUGAUUUAUUAAGAAGACGCCUAAUAUCAUCAAAUAAAAGUGAAUUAGCAGAUAAUCUAAUAUCAUCUUCAAUAUUUUUAAGAUACCUUUGUCCUGCAAUUUUAUCUCCAUCACUUUUCUCAUUAGUGUCAGAAUUUCCUAAUCAACAAGUAUCAAGAAAUUUAACACUUAUUGCUAAAACCAUUCAAACAUUGGCCAAUUUUAAUAAAUUUGGAGGUAAAGAGCAUUAUAUGGAAUUUAUGAAUGACUUUGUUACAAGAGAAUGGGAUAAUAUGCAUUCAUUCUUAUUAAAAAUAUCAACAAACAAUGGCAUGACCUUCGAUGGUUCUCUUCAAUCUACAACUUCCGCCAUAACUAAUCUAGAUGUUUUAAUUGAUACUGGAAAAGAAUUAUCAUUAUUGUAUAAUUAUUUAGAGGAAGUAUGGGUUGAUGAGAUACAUGAAAAAGUAUCUUCAGAAGAAAAUAAUUUAUCACAUUUAAAAGAUAUUCUUAAUGAAAUUAAUUUAUCAAAAAAUAGAAAUUUUGAUAAUAUAUCAACUCAUACACUUCAUACAUCUGGUAGUUAUUCACCUUCCUCAGAUUAUGAAAAUGGUACUUCAUUGUCAUAUAAUCAAAAAAUAGAAACAAUUCCUAAUCAUAAUUUCCUUAAAUUACGUGAAAAUACAAUAAAUAUGGAGAAUGUUUCUAAUAAAGAUUCAUCUUAUCAUACCAGAAAUUCAAUGAUAAAUAAUGAUCAUAAUAAUAUAUCAUUAGAUGGAAGAUCUAAAAGUCAACAUUUAGAUUUUAAUGUUCCAAAAACAUCUAGAAAUUCAUUAUAUAAUUCAAGAGAUCAUAUUGAUAUUAAUCAAGGGUAUUUUGAACCAAGACAAUAUACUAUUUAUGAUGAUACAUCUAAUCAUACAACAGAACAAAAAUAUUCUAAUAAAAUAAUACAGAAACCAUAUGAAAAAUAUCAUAUUUAUGAUGAGGUAGCACAUUCUAAUAAAAUUAAUGGUCCUCCUAUUGGACAUAAAGAUUUAUUAUUAACAACAUCAAAUAAACCUUUAUGUUCAUAUUCCUCAAGUUCACAAGGUACUUCAGAAAUUAUAGAUAGUGAAUCCUCUGAUAUAGAAGUUACACUACAUGGUGGGGUAAAUAAACCGGUAAAAAGACAAAAAAGAAAAUCAAUUGCAGAUGCACAAAUAAUAUUAGAUGGUAGAAGUCAUAUUCAUAAUACUUUAUCAAUUCCAUUUUCUUCUGGAUAUCAAAGUCAAUCUCAAAGUUCACCAAUUUCAUCAAAUAGUAUAUCACCUGUUGAUUUAGAUUCACCAACAAAAAAUGUUAAUAUACUAAAACAGUAUGAUAUUCCAAAUAAUUGUAUGAGACAACGCCGACCAUCUUCUCCACUUUUUGUUCACUCAUAUUCAAAUUCAACAGGAACUACUAGUUCAAAUGCUAGUAGUGCAGCAAAUGAUAGUGGUGUUGGGACAUCCACAGCUAGUAUUCAAAAUAGUUCUAUAAGAAAUAGAAAAAAUAUUUGGCAUAAUACACAAUCUGAAAGUUUAGAAUUACUAGAUUCUGAGAAUAGUCUACAAAAUUUAACUUUACAUGAGAAUAACAAAAAUAAAUCAGAAGUAUCAAAUCAACAAAUAAUUAUUGAAAAUCAAAAACGUGAAAUAGAACGUUUGAUACGUGAAAAUGAAAUACUUCGACGUCAGAUGUCUAGUAAUAUACUAUCAUUGAAUGCAAUAGAUUCACAAAAAAAUGUAUCUAUAAAAAAUAAUAGUCUCUCAACAUAUUCGUUAAUCAAUAAUUCAACUAAUGAUAUUUCUUCAUCAAUAAACAAAAAUCUUUCUUCCUGUUAA